AUGACCGCAACACCAACAACUGACGAAACAGAACUUACACUGAUCCGGAUAACUGGCGAGGAUAAGCCUGGAGUGACUGCAACACUUACACAAGUCUUGGCAGACCAUGACGCUUUCAUAAUGGACAUUGGUCAGGCAGACAUCCAUAAGACUCUGUGCCUUGGUAUAUUGUUCAAAGCACUGCCAUCAAGCCACGCGGAGAUCAUGAAGGAACUUUUGCUGAAAGCAUAUCAACUUGGAGUCAAUUUGAAAUUCUCACCAGUGACCAAAGAGGACUACACCAAUUGGGUUGCUCAACAAGGAAAAAACAGAUAUAUCGUCACGCUUAUUGGGAGAGAACUGACUGCAAAACAAUUCACUGAAGUGACCAAAGUCAUAGCGUCACAAAAACUGAAUAUCGAUAUGAUUCAGAGACUGAGCGGCCGAAUCCCAUUAGAAGAGAGCGAAAGAUCAAGCAGAUCGUGCGUCGAGUUUUCGGUGAGAGGAACACCAUCCGACUUAUCAGCGAUCCAGAGCAAAUUCAUCGAACUGGCAGCAACACUUGGUAUUGAUAUUUCGUUCCAGUUUGACGACAUGUAUCGGAGAUCGAGGAGAUUAAUCUGUUUUGAUAUGGAUUCCACCCUCAUUGAAACUGAAGUGAUCGACGAAUUAGCCGAUCGAGCUGGUGUUGGGAAGCAAGUGAGAGAAAUAACAGAAUCUGCUAUGAGAGGGGAGAUCGACUUCUGCGAAAGUUUCACGAAAAGGGUAGCGUUACUUGAGGGGUUGGAUGUUUCAGUUAUGCAGGAAAUUGCAGAGAAACUCCCUGUGUCUGAAGGUCUCGAACGUCUCAUGAAAAUAUUGAAAUUGGUUGGAUUUAAAGUUGCGAUCUUGUCUGGCGGGUUUACUUACUUUGGGAACUACUUGAAGGACAAAUAUGGGAUGGACUAUGUUUUUGCUAACGAGCUCGAAAUCAAAGCCGGUAAAUUAACGGGCAAAUACGUUGGAGACAUUGUCGAUGGGAGGAAGAAGGCGGAGUUACUUAAGUUGUUGGCACAAAUUGAGCACGUCAACAUCGCGCAGACCAUUGCUGUUGGUGAUGGUGCGAACGACUUGCCGAUGCUUGGGGUAGCUGGUCUUGGUAUCGCGUACCACGCGAAGCCCAAAGUGAAAAAGAAUGCGAAACAAGCCCUUUCGAAUGUUGGGAUAGACGGGAUCUUGUACUUUUUGGGGUUCAAAGAUUCUUACGUAGAUGUAGAGUUGUAA